UAAACUGUUUCAAAUAUGCAGGUGGAAGAAGUGUACACGUCUCUGCAGUGGGAUAGUUCACCACCAAACCACUAUGAAAAACCUCUGUUUUCCAACAAAUGUGCAGGGAUGUGGCGUGUCAUGGUGAUGGUUUCAUGUAUUUUAUGCCUGGGCUCAUUAGCAGCUUCCUUCUACUUGGGCAUCAAGUUGUUUCAGAUUUCCACAAUUGCAGCAAAACAGCAAGAAAACCUCAUCCAACAGGAGAGAGAACUGUUAAACUUCACACAGUGGAAGAGAAAGCAGGACCGUCUGAUGAAAUGUUGCCAAACCUUGAUGGGAAACUCUGUCAGUUCAGCCCAUAACUGCAGCCCUUGUCCAGACAACUGGAUCCAGAAUGGGGAACGCUGCUACUAUUUCUCCCGACAAUGGCAGGUUUGGCGCCGGAGUAAAGAGCUUUGUUUCAAAGAGGACGCCAAGCUUCUACAAAUAGACAACAAAGAAGAAAUGGAUUUUAUCACCAGCAUCUUGAAGAACAAAAACGGUGACCAGUACUGGGUGGGAUUGUCUCAGGAGAAACGCAGUGGACUUUGGUUUUGGCAAGAUGGCUCGUCUCCUCCCCCUGCCCUGUGGUCAAUUCAGAAACUCCAAUCAGUUAACCAGGGUUGUGGAUACCUCAAGGACAAAGCCUUGUUUAAUGCUGACUGCAGCAACUGGAAAUAUUUUAUCUUCACUGUUAUCAUGACAGGAAUCUGCAAAUCACUGCAGAAACGGUACAGUUCUGACAAGUAUUUCAAAAUGAAUAAAUAA